AUCUAUCAACGGAGAUAAACAAGGAUGCACCGCCGUACGGCAGUUCGGGGUUAGGUUUAAACGUCAUACGCUCGCCGAUCGGGGAUUUCGUCUGUUCAACAUGUUUAUCAAGCCGUUCAAAGUCAAGACUAAUUACCAGUUGAAGGGAACUGAGAGGAAAAAAUUAUGCGAGGAGGUGUUGGUGGCAUAUCCGAGUCUCUCGGACGAAGAGAUUCACGCACUGUUGCCCAAGAAGGAACCCAUCAGCAUUAUGAAAAUAGUAACGCACAGUGGACACGUAGGCAAAGUAUAUUGCGUCGCCAAGAUACCCAUGUUCUUUCAACUAGAUUCGUACGACACUCUGCUCUUUCCCACAAUUUAUACGUUAUGGCACCAUCCCUAUUUAUUAAAUGCCUUCACUACGCACACGCCAGUCGUGUCCAAAUUGCUAGCCGGUGCAAAUCUCAUGUUGCCUGGAUUGAUUCUGAAGGAGCCAGUGACCCUAUAUAGCUUUGGUAAACUGCCAAAGGGUACUCCAGUGUUGAUUAACACCGAGGAGAACAAGGCUGCAGUUGCCGUCGGCGUAACUGCACUUUCCAGCGAGGACAUGUAUAUGGCAGCUGGUCAUGGAAAGUGCGUAGAGGUUUUUCACGUUAUCGGUGACAUGUUGUGUCAAUUAGGCAAACCACCCCUGAGGCCUGAUUUGGGUUUACCAAAUGCCGACAACCCUACAAAUACGUUGGAAGAUAUCGAAUCGAUUAAUCGAGAGGAAAUCGUAGAACAAAGCGAAAUUCUGCCGGAUACGUUGGACGAAUUAGACCUGAGUGAGAGUUCAAGCGACGUAGUCAAAGAUGAAAUCAUUUCUAAGGAACAUAUAGAAGAAGAUGUAGAAACUGAAGAUGUACAAAUUUCAAACAUAGUUGAGCCGGAAGUAGUUGAUCCGGUCGAAGAGAUGGACAGACUACUGGAAUAUUGUUUCUUGAAAGCUUGCAAGAUGACAGUCAAGUCUAGCGAUUUGCCGAUGUUGUCGUCCAACUUUUUCAAAAAUCAUCUGUUGGCCGCAUGUCCGCCGGAUAAAAACGUUGAUGUAAAGAAAUCUCGGUACAAAAAGUUAUCGGUUUUUCUAGCAGAAAUGAAGGCCAAAGGAAUAAUUAAUACAUCCAUUACAAAAGGCGUUGAAACAUUGUUGUCUAUUAAGUUUGAUCAUCCACUUGUGAGAAAAUUAGUCGUUACCGAGGAACCAGUUGCUGCGGUUGAACCAGUGGUUUCGAACAGCGCUGUCGUGUCGGAAUGUUAUCGAGUGACCGCCGACGUUCUGCCAGUUCUAUCAAAAUUCGGCUAUGAAAAGGGUGACGUAAUGAAAAGAGCCGAUAUCAGAAAGUGUUUUACUGAGUACGCGAAAGUGGAGGGUCUGCAAGAUGGAAAAACGUUAAAGCUGAAUCCCCAAUUGGCGGGAAUCAUGCGAACUAAGGCUCAUCAGGAGACGGUGACGAUGGAGGAUGGAAUAAACAAAUUUGUCGGACGCAUGACGCACAUGCACGAGGUUACCCUCGCGGGAAAUACUUUGUUGCAUACGGGAAAACUGGAACCGAUCGACAUGAGAGUGACAGUGCGAUCAGGCGGGAAGAAGGUAACAUUGGUGAAUAAUCUGGAAACGUUCGGGAUCAAUCCGAAAGAAUUCAGCAAAGAAUGCCAGAGCAUUGGCGCGAGCGCGACAAUCACUGAUGAUCCUGGCAAAAAGACACCUAGCGUUCUUGUUCAGGGGAAUCAAAUCUUAUACGUGUACAAAUUACUCACAGAGAAAUAUCAAAUAAAAAAGACCUAUAUAAGGGGCUUAGAAUUUGCUCCAAAGAAGAAAAAAUAGAUUCUUGCGAAAAAAUAAUGUUUAAUGAUUGUCAACACUGAAACCAUUCCUCAUGGUUUUAAUUUUUCUUCUCGAGACUUGGUGCAAAUGGAUAAUCAAUAUUGAUGAGUGCAAUUUUAACGGAACAAUUUCAAUUGUAAAUCGAGGAACGCUGCCAAUUUAGUUAUUUGUGGAAUCAUGUUUUUUAAUAGACUAAGAUAAUUGGAGAAUUAACAUUUAUCCCUUACCAGGAAAAAUACGUGAUGAGUAAUUAUCAAAUAAAAGCAACUUAGAAAUGUA